CACUGGGAGAAAUCUAGCUGUGCAGCGCGGCACCGUGCAACCCUGCGUUAGCUUCGAAAGGCUGCAUUGAUCAUAAUAUUAAUAUGCAAUUGAGACGACGUAGGAACAUGCCGGCACACCUGCACGACGAAGACAAGCACAAAUGGCAAGCGAGGCAGGAGGGGAUGCACCUCUUUCAAGUAAGCAAGCAAGUGAGCUGCUUGAUUGUUACAGGGCGGGCAAGCGGGCACGGUUGAAAGCAAGUGAGAAGACCAAGUCAAGUGGUUCAGGAUAUGCCGCUGCAGCAAGAUCUGCGGCAAGCGUAGAAUCCUGCCGCUCUCCUGUAGUACAGAAUGAAUGCAAGCCAGGGGCUGCAGGUGACGCUGCUGGAGAUGCAUCCGCGGCUCUCCAGGCUCGCUGCAAGAAGUCGCUCGGUGGUCAGAAGUUCUACGGCAAGAGAAGCACGUCGACACAGUGGCAUGCCCUUUUGAAACAGAUCGCCUCUGCCAACAAAAACUUCAUACUAGCAGAAGAAGAAGCUCGGAGGCAGCGACUAGCAAGGGCUGCAGUGUGGCAGAUCUUCCCAACACAGGAGAUGGCAUUCAAGUUUGCUGACGCCCAUGAUGCCCAGAAUGCUGAUGCCGAUCGGCUGGCUGUCCUCACAUUUGAGGACUCCGCCACAGGGAGGCGCCGUUUCCUGGUCACCACACUUGACGUCUUCUGGCAGAGGUACCAGCGCAUGCUGCCAGGCCACCAGCACUACUAUGAGAUAAUACGAGAGGGCUGCGCAUGCCACCUGUACCUAGACCUGGAGUACCUCAAGGGCCCCAACCCCGCUGCGGACGCCGAGCCACUCAUGGUGGCCCUGCUGCGCCUUCUGAGCACAGCCGUGCAGGAGCACCUGGGGCUGGCCCUGCGCGAGGACGCCCUUGUGGAGCUGGACUCCUCCACAGACGAGAAAUUCUCCCGGCAUCUCAUUGCGCCUCUCCCGGGGCAUGGCUUCAAAAGCAAUGCCCACGUGGGCGCCUUCAUCAAAAAGUUCUGCAGCCACCUGCGCGCCAUGCGCGACACCGACCCCUCCUGCGCCAUGCUGUUUGUGUGGAAGCCGGGGGAGGCCACGGGCGCAGCUGGGGAGUGGCCGUCCAGCCUGCUGAUUGACGAGGCCGUCUACAGCCGCAACCGCGCCUUCCGGCUGCCUUUCUCGAGCAAGUACGGCAAGAAGGCACGCCUGCUGCCCACCCCGCGCUUCAAGUGCAAGAACCUGGCAGAGCGGGAGGUCUUCUUUUCGGCCCUCAUCUGUCCUCCUGGCGGCUUCCACGGUGCCACCCUGCUGACGGUCUUCGACGAGAUUGAGGUCGGCGCUCGCCCCGGUCCUGCCCGAAGCACGGUGGUCAAGGCCAGCCGGGUGGCCGAGGCGUCGCCCUUCCCCGCGGUGGACGCCUUCAUCCAGGACAUGGCCACCGGGGACGACACCCCAGCCCGGCUGCGCAACUGGUCCCUGUUUGAAGAGCGCGGCGUGCUGGUGUUCAACAUCGACAACAACCGCUACUGCGAGCGCAUCGGCCGCCAGCACAAGAGUAACAACGUGAUGUACGUGGUGGACUUCCUGCUGGCGGGCUACUACCAAAAGUGUCACGACCCCGACUGCCGAGACUUUCGGUUCUCGAUCCGUCCGCUGCCGCCGCACCUCUUGCCCGAGGCCUUUCGGCGGACCCCUCCCGCCCCGCCACACGCUCACGCAAGCGACCAAGACGGGGAAAGACAGCGGGUAGCUGUCUCUCAAGAUGCCGAGCCUCCUCCAGAUUGGUGGGAAAAGGUCGGAGAGAUUGCGAGCGUCUUUGAGAAUGUCGACACCUGGGAUAUCGAGAAGGAGUAGUACUGCUACCAGCGGCGAUCCGUAACAUGAGGAGAAAGUAGACUCUCAGAUCACGCUUAGUGCAAAGAUGAGACUGCUUGCCUUUUUCAUCAAGAGCGCUUGUCGAGAAGGGGAAUACUGUCUCACUGACAAACGAACUUGGUCAAUAAUAAGUUGAAGAAUGCGACUAAGUAUCUCGAGAAACAAAUGAAAGCUACAAAGAACGUUGCUGACUGAGCACAACUGCAUCGAUAUGUCGAAUUUGAGGAAAACGCUGAUCGAAUUGGGGUCGAAUAUAAGGUUUCAACUCUGAAUCCAAGCUAAGCGAUCCCGUGGCGUGUCGACCUUCUCAGUUUUUAGAUAUCGAGAUCAUCCGUC